AUGAGUCCCCGUGUAUGCUCGUGCACUCUCUGCGGUUGGGUCGUCGUCGAUGCACCAGGCAGUGUUUCUUGGUUGAAUCAGUUCCGCGGAGUCAUUGCAAGUACAAAUGGCGUUAUUCUCACUGGUGUUGGCCUAUACGAUGACCCGGGAAGGGGCGCAUUCAUCGCCCCAGUCGACCCUAACCGUCGAUGGGAUGACCCAACCUACGACGGUACAGAUGAAGACCAAUUUGGCGCUAUGGGCUUCCCUCCAGUUAACGGAAGAUAUGGCUUUAUUUUCCAUGACGCCUGCUGGGACCUUUUAGAGAAAGUCUUCAAUCCGGGUCCAGUUCCCUUUCCGAGACUGUUCGACGUCUGCGAAUCACUCCCAUUUCCGCUACUCAUCGUCGAUAAUGAACACCACUUUCCGUUCGAGGACAGAUUUUCCGACCGUGACUACAUGGACCCCGACCCUGUUCUCUGCGCCAACCCGUACGAAGCUGAAGAGGCCCACCACCUGCUCACCGAGGCGCCCGAGGAGCGGCCAAGUCCAAAGGGGCCUGUUGCCAAUGCAACAGCGCCAGAGCGAGACAGCUUCCAUGCGCUCCCACAAGAGCUACGGUCAGCGAUCGCCAUUUACCUGCCGACCUUGGAUGUAUUGAACCUACGAUUGGCCUCACGCUCGUUCUGGACGAUUUUUAAUAGUCAACAGUUCUGGGCCUCGAGAUUCAAGCAAAAGUCAGACCGCUCAUGGCUUUUUGAAUCCCAGGAUGGGGCUCAGCCUCGGGACUGGAGAUGGCUGUACCAUCGAACCAACAAUGCGCACAUAGGUCCUAGCCUUCAGAACAGAGUUCGUGUUUGGAACCUGGCCCAGAAAGUUGUGGCAGCUCUGGACUUCCAAUGGAUCGACAGUGGUUCAGAACCUUCCCAGCAGCAAGGCUCGACCCAGUGUUUAAAGGUGUCUGGCGACUUGUGGGAGAGACCGAGUGGGCCACACCACUCCCACUUGGAUAAAGGUUGCCUUCUACGCGAAACGUACCGCUUGACCAUCCCUGAAGACCUAUCGAUGGUUUCCAUCUGGUCUAUUCCCAUAGGCGAGAUUCUAUACAUCGCUGGACUGAAGUUUGCCACGGCCACGGGCGAUGUUCGUCAAAUAGGCUACCGAACUACAACCGAGCAGUCCGUGGAGAUUUCAGACAUACGCGGAUUCAAGCUAGCUGUGGGAGAAAGGGGGAUUCAAGCUUUGCAAUGCAUCGACCAAAAUUCCGAUACCUCCCACUGGCUUGGCAAUCCGGAGAUGUCGCUCAAGACACUGCGCUUGAAUGCAGAUGAGCGCAUCAACGACCUUGAUAUUGGAUUUGACGGUUGCAAAAUUGUGAGCUUGGCUCUCUCUCCACAGUCUUCAUCUAUCGUAAGACUAGCACAGGAUGAGAACAGAUUGAGAAAUAUGGGGAUGUGGUACCCUGAGAUCCCGGGACCAGACCUCUGCUUAAACGAAGUUUCUUUCGCCCCCAGGGAACAUUACUUGGACGGAUUCAAACCACUAUUUUGGACCUCCUUCGGCGGCCCAGGUGGUGCCCACCUCCGAAGACUCAAUAAUUUCAGAGUUGUCCUAAGCCCCGCCGGCAUACGUCGCAUCGACUUCACAUACGACACUCUAGAACUCAAUAGAGCAUUCGGUUGCCAAAUGCCUGGAGAUUUGACCAAGGAAAUCGACUUUGCAAUUGACGGGGCAGGAGGCGAACUUAUCAGUGCGGUCGAUAUUUUCCAGGAAAAUGUGUCCACGAACCGAGGAAGGACCUGCUUUUUCUCCUUUCAUGCCGACCUGCCAAGCAAUACUUCUUUUCGAGUCGCCACAGCUCCUGGAGAGGCCAUGACUGGGUUUUACGGAAGCCAGGUAAGCGCGUCUACAUCCUUGCUUUGCUUAUCUUCUCGCGGCGUACCUUUCAUUGACUGA